UAUGAGCCCUGCAAGUUCACAAGCCUCUGUUUCUUCUCUCCUUCGUGUGAUGCUGUUUGGCUGCAAUCCUUACUCGUAGUAUUCAAACCAAGGCUCCCUGGAACCCCAACAUGCUGCCAUACAUCGACGCCCCUUUCGCACGUAUUUCGGAUGCAACGGGGGCUUCCAUUGACGAACUAAAGCUGAUCACCUCGUUCCUCCUCUCGUACCCUCUUGCUGCCAUCUUGAAAAGAAUACCAGACUCGAAGCCAUGGCAGAAGAAUGUGUUUAUAGUUGGGGUUUCAAUGUUUUACCUGGUGGGAAUAUUCGACCUCUGGGAUGGAUUGCGAACGUUGCUCUACAGCUCUGUAGGGGCAUAUACCAUAGCUUACUAUGUCGACGGCUCCUUGAUGCCAUGGAUCGCGUUCAUGUUCCUCAUGGGCCAUAUGUCGAUUAACCAUAUAAGCAGACAACUUGCCAACAGUCCGUCUACCGUCGACAUCACGGGAGCUCAAAUGGUGCUGGUGAUGAAACUGACGGCCUUUUGCUGGAACGUGCAUGACGGGCGAUUGCCGCAGGAGCAGCUGUCAGAGUCACAAAAAUACGCCGCCAUCACCAAACUCCCCAGCCUGCUUGAUUUCGCAGGCUAUACAUUCUUUUUCCCAUCACUGUUUGCCGGACCGGCGUUCGACUACGUGGAAUAUCGAAGGUGGAUCGAAACUACCAUGUUCGAUGCGCCGCCGGGGGUGGAUCCGGCGAAGAGGCCUCAGACUCGCAAGAAGCGAAAGAUCCCGAGAAGCGGUAGACCCGCCAUCGUAAAGGCGGCAUUUGGCUUGGUCUAUAUAUUUGGAUUUCUCCAGUUUGGACGUUUAUAUAAUGUCGACUUUGUCCUCGGGGAUAGGUAUUUGAAAUACGGCCUGCUGAGACGAGUAUGGAUACUCCACAUGCUGGGCUUUACUUCCCGGCUCAAAUACUACGGAGUAUGGUCAUUGACAGAGGGCGCUUGCAUCCUAUCCGGAAUGGGAUACAAUGGCUUCGAUCCGAAUACGGGCAAAGUGUCGUGGAAUCGGCUGGAAAACGUGAACCCGAAGGAUCUUGAAACGGCGCCAAACCCACACGCUUAUCUCAGUAGCUGGAACAAAAACACCAACCACUGGCUGAAAAACUACAUGUACUUGCGGGUCACGCCCAGGGGCAAAAAGCCAGGGUUCAGAGCCAGCCUGGCGACUUUCGCAACGAGCGCGUUCUGGCAUGGCUUUCACCCAGGAUACUACCUCACCUUCAUCCUCGGUGCAUUCAUUCAAACAACUGCAAAAAACUUCCGCCGCAACAUUCGCCCUUUCUUCCUGACCCCAGACGGCUCCGCCCCAUCCCCAUACAAACGCUUCUACGACAUCCUAACCUGGCUAGCAACCCAACUAACUCUAUCCUUCACCGCGGCGCCCUUCGUCAUCCUCCACUUCAAGCCAAGCGUUCACGUCUGGUCAAGCGUGUACUACUACGGCAUCGUGGGCAUCGCAGCUUCGCAGGCCUUCUUCUCCAGUCCCGCGAAGCGGUUCCUGGUCAAGCGGUUAAAGGCUCGCGGUGGUGGUGGUGGUGGUCCCGUUUCGCGACAACCUUCUCGUGCCCGCGAGCAGCCGGUGCUGGGCCUGCCGCCGAACCCUGGGCGGGAUAUCGAGGAUGCUGUCAAUGAGGUCAUGCGGGAGAUUGAGGUGCGGAGGAGGAGAGGGAGCGUUGUUGCAAUGCCCUCCGGGCGCGAGUUGAUGGCGGCGGUGGAGGAGAAGCUUGGAAGGAAGCUUUAG